AUGAGAGGCACAGAAAGUGACGAAGGACAAAUGUCUCUACUGUCCGCCGUGUUUUAUUCCGAUUCAAUGUCUUCUAAUGGAUCGGAGCCAACAGUAUCGAACAUACAACUGGCAUCUACUCAUCAAGCAACUCCGAUAGUCAAGGAACCAGUUUUUAAUGACAGUCUUACGCCUUCGUUGGCUGCAAUAAUGAACUUCAUCAUGUCACCUUCGGAUGCGAGGCUUGAUGAGGCAUCUAUGGAACCCUUCUUGGGCACCCCCUUGAGCCCACUAGAGCUCAGCUUCCCUCCUGCAAGUCAGCUGCAAGAUGUAAAGGCAGAGCCCAUAUACGAAAAACAAAAAGAUUGCAAAACUCUCAGCCAUAAGUCAAAUGUUCCUGAUCCUAGUGCUCUAGCUUCGGAGCGGCGCUUGCUUCUUUCCGCUGAACAAGAGCAGAUACUCGUUCUCUAUUCCUGCCACACAUCAGUCAUCUUAUCAAUAAAGUGUGGUCAAAAUGAGAAUCCGUGGAAUGCGCUUUACAUACCUUUGGCUCGCGAAUAUAGCUUCGUCUUCAACUCUAUCGCAGCGAUGACACUAUUCCACCUUGCGGGAAAUGCAUCAGCUAUCACUGAGAGGGACAGCAUGCGUUCCAAGGGUUACUUUUAUAUGAAAAAAUGUAUUUUUGAGCUUGCUACAGGCUUGAAGAGUGUGGGGGAGGAACUGGAUGAAAUCUCGUUGCCUUUUGAUGUUGCGUUAAUGACAUGCUUGAACUUGGCGAUCAGUGAAUCUUGGGACACACACACUUCAAGUGGUAUAGCCCACCUCAAAGGUGCUAGAAGCUUGAUUCACAGGGCUUUGUCGCUUAUCAAAGAUUACUCUCUAAAGGUUGCAGAAAGUGAAGACGGCCCUCCAGAAGACCCAAAAUUCAAGAACAAGCUCAAGCUAGUGAGAGAAUACGAGUGGAGGCAAAUUGAGGAGGGAUCACAGAAAGAUAGGAAAGGCGCACCUCAAUACGAUUUCAUCGUUCCCAAGAAUCUACAGUUAUUAUUCAAUGAGUGGAUUUAUUUUCAUGUACUUUCCCAAAUGACAGUGCAGUCUGGACAAGACGAAAAGGGCAUUGAUCUUGUUGCAACAAUUACAUCAAUCAUCGACCAAACUCAUAAAAAUACCUUAAAGCAAAAGCACGACGUGAAGUUGUCUGAAAGGAAGGAAUCCCCAACAUGCUCUGAUUCUGAGCUGAGCGCCAGUGCUGGUGGCAUUUUUGAUAACUUCAAUUGUUCCUUUCAGAACACAGAUCUCAUUGAUCCACUAUUAGGAUGUGCUCAAUCUCUAUUCCUGAUAAUGGGAAAGGUUGCUAGCCUCAUCUCACAAGUCAGGAAGGAGAAAGGGAAACUGUUGUCAAGUACUUCCCGAAACAGUCUCUCGAUUAUAGGAAAAGCGUCUGAGCUUAGACAGAAACUAUUGGUGUGGAAACCAGAAGUAUCCAUUGAUCAAGUCGAAGGUCUUGGUGGCGAAUCCUGGGAUGUUCACUCUUGCAUCACCACAGCAGAGGCAUACCGCUUAGCCACUCUUUUAUAUUUACAUCAAGCGGUACCCGAAAUCCCACUGCUUCCUUCACAUCAAAUUGCAGAAAGGAUAUUCGUUCUCCUUGCGUCUGUACCAACAACGUCCAAUCUACACAUCGUACAUAUAUUCCCACUUUUGGUCGGCUCUUGCGAAGCUUGUCCAGGGGAGGAGAGGCUGUGGUGUGAGAAGCGAUGGACGUUUCUUUCUGAAAAACUCUGGAUAGGAAACAUUGACAGGGCAUUCGAAGUUGUAAAAGAGGUAUGGAGACGCAAAGAUGAGCAUUUACGAAAGAAGAGAAGACAAUUGGAAGAAUCCACCAUCACGCUACUGAGGGUAGGAGACGAUCUGCAAAAAAUUGCAAGUGAGAUCAACGGUUUGAUGUCUUCUCAGCAAAUUGACGAUGUAGAAGGCGGCAUUUGCAGCCACUUGCAUUGGAAUUCUGUGAUGAAAGAAUGGAACUGGGAAGUGUUUUUAGGAUGA